ACAAAUCUCUGACUCAAUCUCAAAGAAUGAACUCAAAACAGGACUCAUUUUAAGUCGAAACUCAUUUCAGUGUUCACAAAAAAACUCAAUAUCAAACUCAAUCUCAAACUCAAAAAAUCAAGCUUAACAUUUGAGACAGCCUUGUAGCACUCUCAUUUUUUGUCUCAAACUCAAAAAUGGCCGACAACUAUGUAGAUAGAUUCCAGCGUCUGCAGAGAAUCGCUAUGUAUGGUCAACAGCGGGUUCCAAGAGUGUUUAAAGACAGGGCCAACCCGUUGGAGAGAUUAUCAAGAGUGGAAGUUCGGGAGAGAUACCGAUUUUAUCCUGAAACAAUCGUAAUGAUAGUGGGUGUUGUUUUUAAUGAACUUGAUGCUGUAACAAGACGAAGCUUGCCACUACCACCUCUGCUCUCUGUGCUUGUAACUCUUCAAUUUUUCGCCACGGGAGCUCAUCAUUUAUUAAUUGCCGAGAUUCAUGGAAUUUCCCGUCCAUCUGUGGGGCGUGCCAUAGACAGGGUUACCAACGCAUUAUGCAGGCACAUUAACAGGUUUAUAAGCAUGCCUGUUGAUGAUGCAGAGAUAAGAAUAAAGAAGAAGGAAUUUUACAGCAUUGCGGGAUUCCCGAACGUGUUGGGGUGCAUAGACUGCACACAUGUCCGCAUCAGAGCACCAACACAUAACGAAGCAGAUUUCGUAAAUCGAAAAGGGUUCCAUUCAGUGAACGUUCAGAUGGUAUGCGAUGCUCGUUUCAUCAUCAUGGAUGUCGUAGCCAAGUGGCCCGGGAGCGUACACGACAGCCGUAUAUUUAGGGAAAGCAGAUUAUGUGCACAGUUGGAGAAUGGAAUGGAUGGAGUGUUGCUAGGAGAUAGUGGCUAUGCAUGUAAGAAGUACUUGAUGACGCCAUACCUGAACCCCCAGACUCAGACACAGGAGAGAUUUAACAGAUCACUGUGUAAAACUAGAGUCAUCAUCGAGCAAACGUUUGGUGUUUUAAAGAGGAGGUUUGCAGUUAUGUCGUACGGGAUAAGGACAUCCGAGAUGAAGGCUUGCAGGACGACAAUGGCGUGUGCCAUCCUGCACAACAUCGGGAUUAACCGGGGAGACUCAUUUGGACGCUUUGUGGUCGAGUCCGACAAUCACCCAGAUGCACCGAACCAACCGGUUGAUGUUGCAGGGAAUGCCUUUAGGGACUUUGUCAGCACGACAUAUUUUUCGUAAAGUGUACUGAAUCAGUAGAAGAGUAGUAUAUCUGCGUUAAUUGAUUGUAAUUUCAAGCUGGCUGUAUAAGUAAUACGAUACUAAGUGGUAAAUAUACAAUGAACCAGUUUCAUUUCGAACUGUACUUGCGUUUGUAUUUAUUUUUCAAAGUUUAAAGACGGAAAAUACAGUCUAACAACAUUAUUUACAAAUUUACUUUAAUUUAGCAGGAGAAAAACCACUACUAAAACAUCGAUGAUACAAUAAUAUAACUACGUUUAACUCAAUUAUUUUGAACAAAUAUAAGCAUAUCAUAUUUUUACAUCAAACUAAUUCGAAUCAGAAUCGGUAUUUUUUGGAGUGUAUUGUUUAAUGGUGUAUAUGCUUAUACUUGACAAUGACAGUUCGGUAUGGCUAUUGAACAUGCACUAAUUAAUAUGGAAAUAGGGUUUACAAUUGUCACAAACAUCAAAUUCUUCAAGUUUCUCAAAAUGUACAUGACAUAAGUGCACAAUAUACAUGAAUAGUUUGAGCCCAUAACCAUUAAAAUAUCAGUUUUGAGGUACUAAUAAUAAACAAUAAAAUCUAAUUGAUUUACUCCAAUGCCAUUGAUUUCCACAGUAUCUCACAAUACUGUCAGAAUUCAAGCAUGAA